UCCGUCACGUCGUCAUGAAGCCGCCGUGUUCAGCACUUGUGGCGCCGUUCGUUUCAUUGCUUGCCGCGUGCGGUUGUUGGACGUACGCGAACGAAGUUUCCUACGACGCCAACUCUCCUGUCGUCCGCAUAAGCGAUGGACUCGUCGCCGGCCGGCGUGAAAUUGUCAGCGAUGCUACAGUGCACACGUUUCUCGGAAUACCUUACGCACAGCCUCCGGUGGGAGACCUUCGCUUCGAAAAGCCCCGGCCCCCAAAUCCGUGGCAGGGAACGUACAACGCCACCAGAAGCCCGAGUCCAUGCAUGCAGAUCGAUUUUCCUUUCUUACUCGACACGAAAAUAGACAACUCGCACGCUUCGGAGGACUGCCUCUACAUGAACGUCUGGAGGCCCGCUAAGGCGUGCGGUUCGGACGGCAAGUGCAAUGCCAGUAUGCCGGUCCUUGUUUUCGUUCAUGGAGGUGGCUUUCAGUGGGGUGACUCGUCGCUCUUCGUGCACGAUCUGUCCAACUUCGUUGCUCAUUCCGACGUGAUUGCCGUCGGUUUCAAUUACAGGGUGAGCAUUUUUGGCUUCCUAACGGCGGGUACGAAAGAGUUUCCCGGAAACUGGGGUCUCUGGGAUCAGCACUUGGCGCUCCAAUGGGUGCAGAAGAACAUAGGUGUUUUCGGAGGCAACCCAAAUGAAGUGACAUUAGCGGGUCAAAGUGCUGGCGCCAUCUCCGCAGCUCUGCAUUCAAUUUCACCCAAGGGCAAAGGCCUUUUCAAAAGGAUGCUUCUACAAAGCGGGUCAACCAUGUCUAUGAUCGUUGGAGAACCAUACAAAGGCUCGGCCAAAUUCAUAGCAGUGGCGGCGGGCGCGGGCUGCUACGAUGAAAAAAGAAGCGUCGAAGACCAACUCAAGGAGACCGUAGCUUGUUUGAAGAAAGCCGAUGGCCGCGCCAUCUACGAGAGGCUCGCCAAGGAAAAACCUCAAGACCAGAUAUUCCCACCUGUGAAUGGUGAUGACUACCUUCCGGUUGACCCUCUGCUCGCAAAUGCAGCUGAUAAAAUAGCUACGGAGGAACUUUUCUUGGGUACGGUCGCCAACGAAGGCACGAUCUUUUCUUACAAUGUCGCCAAAUUUGUAAGUAGCGUCGGUGGCGCGUUUUCGUUGACAGAGGACUACAGGCUCAUGGUGACAUUAGGCGUGAGUACACUAUUUAACAUUCCAGUCUCGGCAUCGAAGGUGAUUGUCAAUUAUUACUAUGGUGAUUACGACAUGCAUCACACACUGGAUCAAGUCCUAUCGAUUUUCGGUGACAUCAUCGGUGAUGGUGGAUUUUACUGCCCCGUGGUAUUCUUUGCUGAAAAGGCAUCGAAGCAAGGCAUCAAGACGUAUAGGUACCAGUACACGCACAGGUCCUCGUUUAACCCUUGGCCAGCUUGGGUUGGCGUCUUUCAUGGUGAAGACCUGUUUUUCACCACGGGAGCGUUGCCUUUCCUCACCCAAGAAAAGAAGCACCGACCGUCGCUCUGGCACACACUAAAAGAAGAGCUGAACGUAACGCACUACACGAAAGACGAAACGGUGUUCAUGAAAGAACUUAUCUCGUCAAUUUCUGCUUACGUGAGGAAUGGAAAACCAACGAUACCGGAGUCGCGCGCGGAAUGGCCGCUGUACACUAAGGACACUGAGCAGUACGUCCAACUUCAGCCGCACAACUACACCAUCGGUACUGAGAAGCGGCAGGCAUUCUGUGACCUGUGGAAGCCAUUCCUUCUAAAACGGAGUACCAAGGACACAGCAGGACAGCACAAAGAACAAACGACAAGGUCCGGGAAAUCUCCCUCCGCAAAAUUGCCGCCACCCAGUACCAACGAUGUCGAAAGCAAUUAUGCCUCCAAUGUACCCAACAACGUCUGUGCCUGUAGUACGGCAGUUGUACUUGCAAUGCUAGUUCUUCAUCUUUUACAUUAGGCGGAAAUCAUACCGCAGACCUCUCAGAAGCUAACUGAAAGAGUCGCUUUUACUCCUGUAAGGCGCUCCUUUCGGCAUGGCGGCGUGGAAACUUGAAUUCCCUUCACUAACGACUCUCAUGGACUUGCUUUAUCAUUUCACUGACCUAGAAAUGCCUAACGAAUUCUGGCUCGACCAGCUGCAUUCCUUUAGAGUAAUUCGAGAACAUCGGAAUACAUUCGUGGCUUCUAAGUUUACUGAUUCCAGCGAUUCCACUGGUGGAACUACUUCCGUUGUGAUUGCGUACUUCCUUAAGUGCUGAUUAUCAUGAAUACUAUGGGCAGUGUUCGCCAUAAAGACGCUCAUUAUGUGUUAAAAAUUAAUUAUGGGGUUUUACGUGCCAAAACCCCGAUCUCAUGAUGAGUCACGCCGUAGUGGGGGACUUCGGCAGUUUGGACCACCGGGGUUCUUUAACAUGUACCUAAAUAUAAAUACACGGGUGUUCUCGCGCUUCGCCCCCAUCGAAAUGCGGCCGCCGUUGCUUGGAUUCAAUCCCACGACCUCAUGCUUAGGAGACCAGCACCGUUGCAUUCAUUAUGUGUAUGUUGAUACGAAGGGUUAAUGUGUUGUUAUGUCUUGCAUUUCCCACCCUGAUGUUCAUUUAAGCGCAAACGCUUGCACACGUUUGCGGAUCUCAAGAAAAAAUAAGCAUCAGGAAGAACUGCGAUUGCGCACUUUACAUAGGAGUGUUAGCGUGAGAGUGAGGAUCGAAUGUGUAUUUGCUAUUAUCAUUAGGACAGAGCUGUACAUAUGUGAAAAUGGAAGAAGUUGACAUUGCCAGGUUUCUUGCAAACUCGUAAUGCAUGUGGCCACAGCGAUUGAUACACUCUGGCUACUGGGAAAACUGGUGCAGUUUUGCUGGAACCAACAUGGUAUUGGCUGCAGAUACACGCUUUGGAGUACAACCUUGACUCGGGCUCUGCAUUAUGGAUUCUAUUCUACGGACUUGAACUUUUGUUUCUGUAAGCCAGUUCAGGUCCCCAUACUUGCUUAGCUGUAAAGUUAUCCUAUAUUGGUAUUAGUCAAGUUAUGGUACGUUUUUUUCUUCACAAUAUAAAAUAUUCACUCUUUCUGAGUAAGAAAGGAGUCAAACUCGUAACAAAGUCAUGAAGAUCCAAUGUUGCAAAUGCAGCAAUGCUUACUGCCAGUAUUUUAACAUCUUUUAGGAACGAAAGUUGGAAAUGUUAAUUAUUUCCGGUGCUUUGCAGCUUAGGCCACGUUUCCAAUGAUGUAUUUGAACAGAGAGUAUGAUGUAGGGAGGUCAAUCGUGAAGUGUUGUAGGUUUCUUGCCAAAAAAAAAAAUAUUGCUAUUUAGUGCUUGUCUCAUAGCACGCCCAGCCAUCAGCUGAGCCGAGUCAGACCUACAGCCAUCACUCCUUUGCUAGUUAAGGCGACACAGCGGAAACUCACAUUAAAGGGACCUUGAGCUACCCCUCGGGCUUGGUGAAAUAACAUAGUUGGGGGGUAGCAUACGCUGCUGUGAGCAUCUCAGCGAAGUUUUGCUGUCGUACGGGAUGCGUGGAGCUCGCAAGAGGAGCGCGAAGCCGCCUUUCUCACAAACGCUCUCUUUUCAACAGAAGCUUGCUCCUCAUUCUCUUCUGGACGCUUUAUUUCGUAAUAAAGCGAAUUCCCAUACGCGGCUGCUAUUGGUAGCUGUGGUCUGCCACGUAACGUAAAUACCGCGGCCGCCACGAAGUGCCGCCACGAGUCCGCUGGCUAUGGGCGCACUGGGGCUCGAUGAGGACAAAAGCUUUUGGCUUACGUUUAGCGCGUCGUAGCCACUAAAAUAGGAAGUGGUGGCUUUUACAUUAACAUCCAAAAUGAAAUUUGAACUGCGCGCCGCGAUGACAGACGGAGCGUUGUGGGCGUGCCCCAGUGCCCCGUAGCCUUCGCAGCGCAAGGCAAUGAAGAAAGAACGGGAGCACAGCGGAUGCCGCGUUUGAUUGCCAAUAACUCCGCUUCUGCUGAACGCAUUGAAGUACUCUUUGCGGCAAAGUAUUUCUGAAAUAGACUAGUUUCCUUUCAAAUGCCUUUCUCCACUUCGAUAAACAGCGGUUCAGGGCCCCUUUAUAACUAGAGCCACGUUUUCAUCCUGACAACUUUUAGAAGCAUCCCCCACGACGUUGAAGAGAUUGACAUCCGGCUUGGUAUGACUCCAGCAGACUCCAAAGGAGGAACGUGUUGAUAGAUGUAGUGGCUUUAUGUCUCUCUCUAGUCGUUUUCAUGUUCUUAAUA